AUGUAUUUGGAAAAUUUGUGUUUUUCAGAAAAAGACAUUAAUUUAGUUUAAGUAAAUAAAUACAUACGAAAGAAUUUAAAUCAACAGAGUAAGUACUUUAACCUAUAAAACGGAGAUGAUAUUAUUAGCAAUAUAAUAAAUCAUGAUAAAUUUGAUGAAAAGACUUGUGUGGUUUUUGCAUCUUAUAAAGACUCUAAAACUUUAUUAAUAAAUCAAGUUUCUUCUAAUUUUACUAAUUUAUUUGGUGUUACUAGCAAAUCAAGUAUUUUAGGUAGAAGCGUAGACUCUAUCAUUCCUCUAGCAUUUUAGUCUAUUCAUAAACUUUAUUUGAGUCAUUAUUUAGAAGAAGAAAUAUCAUGCGACUCAUAUCUAAAUUAAGUAUUAUAAUUAUAAGAUAUAAAUAUCAAUUAAAAUCCAAGGGAUUUGAAACAUUAAGGACCUGCUGAAUGGAUUAAAAAUGAAAAGUUUGUAUUGAAAGAAAAUUUAUCAAAAAUAGAGGAUAAAUAAUAAAUUUUAAUGUAAAAAUCAAGAGGCAGUAAAAUGAACUAAUAAAUAAUUUUCGCUUCUUUGAAUUAAAUGUUCAUAUAACCUGUUAGAAUAGACAUCCGCACUAAUGAAUUCAAAGAAAACAAAUUGUUUGGGUUAGUGGCUAAGAUCAAAUAAAUUAAUUAGCAAUUUUAAUAUAUUCUCUUUAAUGAAACAAAUUUAAAUGUUAUUGGUCUAUCUGAAUAAUUGCAUGAAAAAUUCUUUCCUCAUUGCGAUAACCUGCUAAAAAUAAAUUUGAAGCAAUUUUUCCCCUUUUUGAAUGGAACCUAAGACUUGAAAGGGAGAUAUGAUUAAAUUUAACAUAAUGAUUAUGAUAGAAUUAUCAACUAUCAUGUAAAUAUAAUUGAGGAAAUGAAGGACAUUCUUAGAGAAUAGACAGAAAAUAAUUCAUAUAGAAAAAAUAAAUUAACUUUCAUAUUAAUCUAACAAUCAUUUGUGCUAAAAAAUAAAUUGCUUUCUUCUUAAGAUACUAGCAAAAAAGACUUAGAUAUGUAAUAGAUAAAACCAAUAAAUGAAUUAAAAGAUUAUCUCUUUACUUUUAUAGAAAUGAAUAUUUAGGAAGUAGGCUAUAAAGGGAUAGAAAAUAUUAGUUAUAUUGAAGAAAUAUCAAGUUUAUAAAUUAGUCAGAUAAAUUCUAAUUUUAAUUUUUAUUAAUCUCCAAAAGAUAAAGAUUGUCGUCUUAAUAUGCAAAAAAAAUAAGAUAAUUUAUAAACAAUUGGAGAAGAAGAUAUAGAUAUUGAAUAUUAGUAAUCGAAUAAAAUUAAAACCUAUGACUCACAUGAAUACAAUAAUGAAGAUAGUAUUUUUAAAAAUCAUUUCUUAAGAGGAAGGCAGUAAUAGUAAUAAUAACAAACAUGCACAUCUAAUAGAUUUGUUGAGAACGUCUAAGUUAAUAUAAACUAAUAAUUUUAAUAUUAAAAUUUAUAAGAAAUAAAAUUCAUACAAUCAAUCUGUGAAAUUUAGUAAAAUGAUUAUGAAAAAAUAAGUAAUUAAGAUUUAAAUAGCUAAGUGAAUUAAAAUUUCUUGAUUACUUAAAAACUAUUAAGUUAGUCAAGUCUGAAACAAAAAUUUAUUGGUGAUGCUGAUGAACUUAAAAGCAAAAAAAACUCUCCUAAUGAAGAUGCAAACAUGUUGAAAUUAACCAACGAGUAAAACCAUAUGAAUAAUAAUUAUAGUUUUCUGUCACCAUGCAUAUCAGACAAAACAUCAAACUAAGAGCUCCUUUCUCCUAACUGUAUAUAUAUACUUCAAAAUUAAUAAACUCUUUCUAGCCUAUCAAACUAAGAUUUAAAUUUGUAAUAAAAAAAAUUUUCUUAAUAAAGUACACAAAAUUUAAGUGAUGCUUAGAAUAUAUAAAAAUAAAUUUUGCUUUCUGAUUAUAACAUCAAUAGUGAAAAACAAAAUUCUUAAUUGAAAUUUAACUACGAUAACAUGCAUUAAUAAAAAAAUAAUAAAGAAACAAUAGAUAAUAAAAAUAGCUUUUAACUAAAAAAAGAUUAAAAAUAAUAGUAAAAAUAGAUUAAUAAUAAUUUUAUUAAAGUUCAAAAUGGAAAUUUUAACUAAAAAGAUAAAAAUAAUUAUAAGAAGCAUAUUCAAGAAUUAUAACAGGAAAUUGCCUCAACUACAUCUAAAGACUCAAGUGUUGCUUCAACUAAAAGAUAGCUCUUUUAGAUUAUGAAAGAUAGAUCAAUUCUUUCAGUAAUAAAAAUAAUCAAUAUAAUUGGAAUCAUGUGUUUUAUUGUGAUGGUAUGUAUAACUUGGAUCCAAUAUUACUAAACUACUCAGAAUUUAUCAAGCGCUAAUUAAGAUUAUCAAGUUUUUGAUUGGCCUACAACUUAUUCUUCUUCCUUAAGUGAUAUCCUUAAAUAUUAAAAUACAAUAUAUCUUUUAAACAAUUCAUAAUAAUUACCAUUUACAAACAAUCAAGAAAAAUAACUUUUUAAUAAUCAAAUAAAAUCAAAUAUGAAGCUUUCCUUAGCAAUAGUAUUUAAAUUAUUAUCUCAGAUGGAAAGAGCGAACAUAGAUAGAGAAGUAUUCAGUUAAUUAAGACAAUAAAAUAUGAUUUAUUAUAUAGGGCAAUAAUACAACACUUCAAUACUAAGCUCUACACCUUCAGUAAGCACCUAAUUAGUGGCUGUAAAUUAUCAAACAAAUAUGUAAUUCAGUGCUAUAUUAGGCGCCUAGCAUAUUUAUAGAUAUGUUAAUAAUUUGGGAAAUGGGAGACCUGAAUAUUACUUAAUAAAAAAUCAGCUUGCAGCUAUUUCUGAAUUAUAAAAUGUUUAAAGCUUAAUUCUCAUGAAGUAAGAAAAUAGAUAAUUUUAUAUUCAAGAUUAAUAAGCGAUCUUAAUGAUUAUCUUAAUAACUAUUAAUGCAGCUUGUGUUGGAGUCAUAAUUCCACUAUACUUUUAUAUUUAAAAAGAAAGAGACACAAUUAUUUAUCUUUUUUCUACUUUUCCAGUUCAUAAAUUAGAUUUUUUAAUUAAAAAAAUAUAAAAUUCUUACUUCAGUUAGAAUUUUCUAUCAAUGCAUUUAAGCAAAUGUACAUUACUUCAUAGAGAAACCAUGGCAUCACUCCAAGCUCUAAAAAAUCAAAAAGAUACUAGAAAAUAAAGCAUAAGCACUAUUACAGCUCUUCCAAAAUUUAAUAAAAAACUAUUUUUUGCAAGUUUUUGCAUUUAUUUAGCUGUUAUUUGCUAUCCUGUGACAAUUAAAAUUUUAACUGAAGACUACCUAAGUAAAACUACUCUUGAUCUUUAGACCAUGAUGAAAGUUUAUUAUUUAAGAUCUUAUCUUUUAUAAAAUAUUGCCAUGAAUUUCAAUAUUUUAGUGAUGAAAAUCAAUCCAUAAUUAAAGCCAAUGACCCCAGAUAUAUAUUACAGCUAUUUAAAGGAUCUUAUCUAAUAAUAAUAAAAUAUAACAGAUGAUAUUCAAUGGAUAACCAAUUCGUAGUAUUAAAAUAAAAGAUACAAUCAACAACUUUACGAUAGUUUCUUUUUUCCGACAUUUAAAAGCAAUAUGUGCGAUUCUUUUAAGAAUAAUCCUUAAUACAAUACUAAUUCUACCAAAAUUGAUAUUGGUAUAUGUGCUUCACCAGAAUAAGGAUUGCUAGAGUAGGGUUUUUAGGUAGCAUAUUAAAGCCUUUUUAAUAUAUUUACAGACCUUUAUAACAUAUAUACUAUAGAUGACAAUUCUUAAUCCCUUUCUUAAAUUAAAAAAUUCUUAAUGAAAUUUAAAAUAUAGAACUUCUUAACUUUUACUGAAUUCUUAGAUGAGACAAUUAUUAGCUUAAAUUAAUUUAUAUUGACUUAAAGCAAUUAAAAUUAUCAUUUAAUAUAGCUUUAUUAGGUAAUUUUAAUUUCUAUGCAAAUGAUAAUAAUGGUGUUAAUCUUCAUAUUUGGGUGGAUAUCAUUCACUAAUUAUUUAAAUAAUUAAUUGCACCAAACAAAAAAAUAUCUACAAAUACUGGACAUAAAUACUCUAACUGAAAACCAAUACAUAUCAAAUUAUAUCAAAAAAUAUAGAAUUAUGUGA